AUGGGGAGGGAAUUGCGUGGGCGGGACCCUGAAGUAAUCAAGGGCCUGCGGCGCGCCAAGCCUGGGCGUGGCCCUCAUAUAGCCGCGGGGCCUCCGGGCUCGCUACCUCUGUGGGCGCUGAGCAUGUUCUCCCGGGCGCCCGCAGACCGCGGGCUCCUGUUACUGCCGCCACUCCUGCCACUGCCGCAGGUGGCGCUGGGUUUCGUGGAAGGCAGCUGCGGCCCCUCGGACCAGUGCCCGCCCCAGGCCCGCUGGAGCAGCCUGUGGCACGUGGGGCUUAUCCUGCUCACUGCCCUCCUGCUGCUGCUCUGUGGGGUCUCGGCCAGCUGUGUCCGGUUCUGCCACCUCCGGAAGCGGGCACACACGCAGCCACACCUGCCGCCGGCACCUGAGCCCUGCGACCUGACAGCCAUCCCCGUGGACAGUGACAGCCCAGUGCACAGCACUGUGACCUCCUACAGCUCCGUGCAGUGCCCACUGGGUAUGCAGCUACCCCUGCCCUUCGGGGAGCUGGACCUCGACUCCACGACCCCUCCGGCCUACAGCCUGUACGCCCCUGAGCCGCCGCCUUCCUAUGAGGAGGUCAUCAAGAUGACGAAGACCAGACAGGAAGAGCCACCUCCCUCCAUGUAACCCAGCCUCCCCUGGGGCCUCAUGCCUCGAGACCCCUCCAGGGCUCCCGGAGCCAGGCCCUAAUGCUCAGCACCCCUGGCUGUGGCCCUGAUGUCCCACAGAGGGGGCAGGAUAGCUCUCCCAAGCCUCCCAAUGCCACCGGCUCCUCUUUGCUCACAGGGGACUGUGCAAGGGCACCCAGCGCAUCCCCACCAUCCUUUCCCCAGGAAGGCCAGCCAUCCAGCACAUUGCUGCAGCCCUGGACUCGUUGCUAUGUAACACUGGACAGCCAAGCUGACUGGCCCUGUGUUGGCCACACACACACACAUGCUGUUACAUCCAGCCCUGGCCCCUAGCCCAGCCCCAGCAGGCCCUCAGCCCAGAGGAGGCCCCACAGGCCUAAGCCUCAGGGCUCAGGGCUUGCUGUGAUGUCCGCAGCUUCUCAGAGAGAAAAUAAAGUUUGUAUCUAAGUGA